UUCAACUUCGUUUUCUGUGCAGUGUCGCGAAGAGGUUUUACAGAUUCACAGUUUCUGCAAGAACAUGGCGAACAGGGAAGGGCGAGCUCUCAGGGAGACAGGCAGAGUAGAGGCUGUUUGUUCAGGCUUCACAUAGCUGCUGCUAGCUGUAAAAAAAAACAACGAGGAGCAGUUGUUUGUGACACAAAAAGUAAUGGUUGUUGAGACUGAAGGCGUUGUUUUGAUAGAGAAUGCAGCUAUUGGUGUUAUUUCUUUCAGCAAGUGUAACUUAAAGGCCAGAUAGAGUCCAGUGUUCAUAGUUUGCUUGUCAUGUUACUUCACUUCUCGUGUCUGUCUUUUUCAGCCACAGUGUACAAAGAGUCUGGUCUUUCUGUUAGUCUCAUGCUUGAUUUUAGGGUUUCUACAGGCUUGAUUUAAUUAUUGAUUUCACUUUGGUUUGUAUUUGGUAUUAUCUUAAAGUUUUAAUGGAUACAUAAACUAAAGAAGAGCUUGGGUUUAUUCAUGCCCUUAAUAAGGUUUGAAUCAUUGCUCACUUUGAGUUACACAAUCAUUUUAGCUUUCUGUUCCAUUUGGACAUGUUUGAACUCAUGAAACUUGCGAAUUACAAAACAGUUUUACUGCUACAUGUUGCAAUAUUGACACAUAUCUUGUAUUGGCUGUGGUGAUCUGAUAUGCAUUCAGAGAAUGAUGCCAGUAAAACGCCUGUGGCUUUCCAGUGAUAAGCAGCAUCAGUGUUUUUCUGAGAAGUAAUCUAUUGGGUGGAAGAAGACGAAUGAAUGCUUACAAAUCAACAUCCACUGUAACAUAACCAAUAUUGCUUUUUCACCAUGUAAUGGAAGGGACUUAAGUUUAAAGUAUUAUUUUCUAUGUUGACAUAUAAACUCACAUUAACUUGGUUGAAACAUGUCUUUCUUGCAUUUAGGUCCUAGCAGCAGUAUCUCUGUUUUGUCUUUAAGUCAGAGACAAUAGGUCAUCUGGUUUAGAUGGCUCAAUAGAAAAGUAUAAUUGUAUGUCAUCUGCAUAGCUGUGUAGUUUUGAUCCCAGAGACACUUAUAAUCUCACUUCCUUUCACAUACUUUUUAGGAAAUGUCCUGUGUCUGGGAAAGGGCUUGAAUUAAAGUUUCCCCAGGAUAAAUAGUGUCGUUUGUAACCAAACAAUGCUAUGUUGUUUGGACAUUUUAGCAAAUAUAGAAAUAUGAACAGGAAAACUUCCUGUUGUAUAAUUUUGUACAAACAUUUGUGGCAUUUUGACUCUCACAGAAGUUAAAUUUCAGGGUGACUGAAUUGUUCUGUUAAAACAUGCGACGACUGAAGCAAAUGAUCAGGGCAAGACAACACUGCUCAAAGCUAUCUGGCUUUGUACGGUAGAGUUCAAACCAGAUCAACUACAUAUCAUCAUGCAACCUUAAAGCCAACCAAUAAUAUUUCAAAGGUUGUAUUUUCAUGUUGUGGCAUGCAAAGCUGCAGUCUGCUCAUAUUCUUUGAAGAGUAUGACUAUAUGUUGUGCAGCACACUGUGCUUUGCAUGCAUGUCUGCAUCUGUGUGUAGUACUUCAUCCAUUAGUCACUGUGACAGGCAAAAAACGCACAACUGUGGGUGUGUUGGGAAAUGUCAAUAUAUGGUGACAUCUUCUGGUUUAUGUGGAAACGACACCGCACUUAUUUCCUUGCCCUUUAUUUUUUAAUGAAGAAUGCUAUACUACGAACAGAUUAAACAUUCAUAGAGCACUGCAGGAAAUUGCCUCAGCGGUACUUCCAGCUAAAUCUGAUUAACAAUACUCUCAUUGUUUUUGAGUAGGAAGCUGAUGAUCAUUUCAUUGUUCUAUUGUUCUUACAGUUGAUAAGGCUUAUAAUGCAUCACUAGCCAAGCGCACUUCAACCCCCGUAGCAGCUCAUACCUUUGUGACAGAGUGUGACAAAGAGCUGGAAAGUCCGGUUGCUCCUCCAAUGUUUAGCCUUGCUCAAUGCUGAUUACUGUGGUCGUCCAUAGUGCAACAGACAACAGAGUAGACAUUUGAACCAGAACCACUUUCUGCCAGUAAAGGUCAUACUUUGGUACCAUAAAAGACUUGAUGCAACAGUUCCUCGAAGCACUUAACAUUACUAAGGCAACACGUUGUUUCAUUGGUAGGAAAACUUGCAGACUCUUGAGACUUCACAUCAGUUGAACACUUAAGAAAAGUGUAGUUGUUGGUAGUGCCAAAGGAAAGAAUAUUCCAAUCAUAAACAUUUAAGAUUUUACUUCACGUAAAGCACAGAUAUCAUACAAGUAAAGGUUAUUAUUGGGACCACAUGCAUUAUGUUGUGCUGCAUAUAUUGUGGGCAGAGCAUAUAGUAACUACUAAAUGGCUGCACAGGCACAAUUAUAAGCCUUGUGUUAAAACUCUGUGAUGAAAUCUUAUCUUUUGUGUAGUAAAUGGUGCACAUGUUUCAAACCAAAAAGUGUUUGCAAAAAUGUAUCAAGUAGCGUUCAUGACUCAUAGCUGAACACAACUGUCCUCUAGCAACAGAUUGGAAGCAUUGAAAUCGAUGUCGUAACGAGACAUCAACAGAUUGAACGCGUGGUGGCGCUGUGACCAGCAUCUCCUAGCUGUGUUGUGUAAUGCUGAACUAUUAAGUGACAAUGUCUUAUUUUGGUAAAUCUCUGUUGCUGUCAGUGUUUUGUCUCUACGAAAACCACUGCUCUACAUUCUCGAGCAACUCAUCAAGCAAAUCUGUCAACAGGAUGUUUUCAGAACGAUCUGUAUCUCAACAACUCGAAUGAUUUUGCACGCAUCUCAUAUCUGCAUCAUGGAUACGGAAUGCACUCUGGAAAGGGCAAGCCUUCAGACCAUGGAGUGCAAAAUGAUAUAGGACCAGAUUGAUGGAGAAGAAUGGCCCGGAUCUCGUUGGACUGCGCCAACUCUUUACCAGGGAUCCCCCUCAGUGUGCUGUCGGUGCCCAUGGAGAAUAAGUACAAAUGUCAGCAGUGUCUCCAGGUCCUGAGGAAGCCCGUCCAGGCUCAGUGCGGCCACCGCUUCUGUGUACACUGCUUCAAGCAGCUCACCAGUUGUGGGCCAAAGCCUUGUGAAGCCUGCCGCCAGGAGGAGAUAUAUGAGGAACCUAUUUCCAUUCUCAAUAGUAAUGAGGCAUUUCCAGACAAUGCAGCCGGUCGAGAAAUAGCAAGUCUGCCUGCCAGGUGUUGGAACCAGGGCUGUGUUUGGACAGGCUUGAUAAAAGAGUAUGAGGCUCAGCAUGAAGGCCGCUGUGAGUUUGAAAGGAUUCAGUGCAAGGCCUGCCAAACCUCCGUCCUUCGUACGGAGAAGGACCGACACAAUGAGAGAGAAUGUGAAGCAAGAACGCUCAACUGUAAAUACUGCAAGAUGACUUUCAACUUUAAAGAAAUCAAGGCCCAUGAUGAGAUCUGUCUGAAGUUUCCCUUACAAUGCAAGGACUGUGGCAAGAAGAAGGUCCCCAGAGAAAAGUUCAAUGACCACAGCAAAUCCUGUGCCAAGUCAAAGAGUGCCUGUCCGUUCAGUGACGUGGGCUGUAAACAUGUGAUAGAGAACGGGAAGCUCGGCGACCAUGAGCACAGCAGCACCAUGGAGCACUUGCGUCUGCUGCUGCCCAUGGUGCUGUCCAUGCCCCUGGCGCAUGCCGAUGCUCCUGGUCAAGGAGAGUGGCAGGAGGACUCUGGUCUGGGCCUGUACAGGGCUCCUGAGGAGGGAGUCGCUAUGGGCCUCGGAGCUGCAGCCUCCGUGCAGUCUGUGGAUGUGGAAAAAAAGGUGAACGCUUUAGAAAACAUUGUGUGUGUCUUGAACCGGGAGGUGGAGCGCAACUCGGUCACGUUGGAAGCUUUCUCGCAUCAGCAUCGACUAGACCAGGACAAAAUAGAAAACCUCUCCAAUAAAGUGCGUCAGCUAGAGCGGACGGUCACCAUGAGAGACUUGCAGCUGUCUGAAACAGAACAGCUGUUGAGAGAACUGCAGUUCUGCACCUACGACGGGAUAUUUGUGUGGAAAGUCUCUGAAUUCUUACGCCGCAGGCAGGAUGCUGUGGCCGGUCGAACACCUGCGAUGUUCUCACCAGCGUUCCACUCCAGCAAAUACGGCUACAAGAUGUGUCUGAGGCUGUAUUUGAACGGCGAUGGGACGGGUCGAGGAACACACCUGUCGCUGUUCUUCGUCGUCAUGAGGGGGAAAUGCGACGCUCUGCUCAAAUGGCCGUUCAGCCAGAAGGUGACUCUAAUGCUCUUGGAUCAGAACAACAGGGAGCACAUUAUCGAUGCUUUUCGCCCUGAUGUCACCUCCACCUCCUUUCAGCGGCCAAUCAGUGAGAUGAACAUCGCCAGUGGCUGCCCGCUCUUCUGUCCUCUGGCUAAACUGGCUGGCAAAAGCCCCUAUCUGAGAGAUGAUACCAUCUUCAUCAAAGCUAUUGUAGACCUCACAGGCUUGUAAGGUGUUAUCUGUGGAAGCUACACCAAAGCAAGAAAAAACAACAUAGUAAAUGAAUAAUAAUAAUAUAUCUAUUAUAUUUAUAAUAGUUAAUCAUGCAUUAUAUGGCUUUAAUAUUAUAUUAUAUCAUAUCUUAACUAUACAUUAAGAAUGUCAUCAAUUGUCACAUUAUGACGGGUGCACAAGGUUGUGUACAAUCACAUAUCUAAUGUUUAUAGACGUCCGUCUUUAGUCAACUGACAGACGCACUGCUGUGUCAUACCCGGGCUUUAUGGAAGUUUAGCUAUUUCUGUUAAUGUCUUGUAUAGUUGAGACUUUGUCAGCACUUUCAGUGUAAAGAUGUCAGCAGGAGUUAAGGUGAAGUGCUUAAAUCCAUCAGAGCUUUCAGAUUUGGUAACAUUAACGUGGCAAUCUUAUAGAUAUUUGCAGUAUUACAAACCGGGUGUCUUUAACGACAUUACUGGGGAAAAAAUGCUGUAUUACAGUUUUUCUCCAUUUUGUACACACAAUAAAUGGAGCGGAACACAAUUCUGAAAAAUAUUAUAGUAUGAAAUUUUGCUAAACUCUGAGCACAAUGCCAUUGUUUUCACUCUAAUUUCUAUUUGAGUGAAAACAACCAAAUCUGAGAUGUUAAGGAGCUGCUGAGUUAAAUAUCUCUCUCAUAAUAAAAGAGGUCCGCAGUCAUCGAUCAUCUUCAUGUGACCCUGUUGGCACUAGAGUGAAAGCUGAGAACUUAAAACUAAAUCACAUAACAAAUAUUUGUAUCAAAUACUCUGUAUAUAGUGCAUACUAUAUUACAAUAAUUAGAACACUCCGUACUCCGCUCUGCAUUACGUAAUAUCACAUGGACUACCAACACAAGACUCACAUUGAAUUCAGAGCAAGUGAUAGGUUUUUAGGUUUUAUGGUGAAGUACAGAGGAUGAGUUGAGGUGUCUUGCAACCUGAGGAAGGAAGCUUCUCUGUAGUCUGGUUGUACGUCAGCGGAUACUUCUGCACGGGCACCUCACCUCACUGAUGCUCUGUAGAUGGGCACCGAGGAUUAUCUGGAUGGUUUUAAUGAAACAUUUAUAGCAGGUUAAUAUUGUUAUGAAAACACACUGAUACCUUCAUAGUCAGCGCAAAUCCCUGCUAGUGCUACUAGUUACUAGAAAUCAUUAACUAAUAUUCACUAUAUAAUCUUAUAACAUACUUCAAUCGUAAUCUAUGAAUAUUUAUUAGGAUUAAGCCAAAAAUGUAAUUGCUGAUUUUAUUUCCAUUUUAUUCCAUUGCUUUAAUAUAUAUAUAUACACACACACUUUGACGUGUAUAAUAAAGUACUAAUUAGUUUGACAUUUAUUGUUUUUUUAUAUGCAUUUAUAAGUGUGAUGUGUGAAUCUUUGGGGAUUAUUUGAAUACUUUUAGUUACCAGUUACAAUAUAUUUACCUUGGGCGUAAAGGGAGUUAUGUUGUCAUUGUUUAGAAAAUAAAAUAAUAUAGAUUAAUCAGUAAUGAAAAUAAUUAUUAGAUAGAGCCCUACUAGGGAAAAUAUAUCUAAACUACAUUGAUAAUGUCCUGAAGUGAGGAGAAGCGUCACAAAUAGAAAUAGAUGAUCCUUUUAUCUGAUGAUUUUCCCCUCUUGGUCACUUAUAAAUAUUCCCCUGUGGGUGUAAAAGGUUUGUGUUGUUCUGUAAAACUCUCCGAUGCCGUCUGCUACGGAGUGAUGAGACGUGUCCGUAACGACCCAGUUCAGUAAUGGAAAAUAACACCUGUGACAAUAACAACCACAUCAAACCGCUAAACCACCAUGUCACAAAGUGGUGUGGGAGGGUGUAAACCUAGUUAUUGGUGUAUUUUGUAUGUUCCUGUAUUGCUGUUGUCACGAAUGUUGACGUGCUGUUAUUUAUAUAUUAAAGAAAUCCUGUGUUCCAAACUUGGCCAUGAAGUUUAAAUAUGUGGGCACUUGCCAGACGAGGAGGGUCUAAUAAAAAGACGCCAUUUGUUCCAUUAUGGGAAAUAUAGGAUCCAGUUUUGAGGUUGUUUCCCUAAUCGGUCUCUCAUGUUCUUCAACUUUAUUGAAGUGGAAUACUAAAUUGCUGAAGUAAACUGUCAACAAACAAGUAAGAAACACCUUCACCAGAUGAUUCAAAGCACUGCUGAUACCAAUAUCCUACCUCAGAUUCACAGAUUGUUAGAAACAUUGUUUUAGUUUGCAUACACUAUGGCUACAAUACAAAUAAUAUUUUCAACAUAAGUUUAAUUUGCCCGAGAAGCUGAAAAUGAGGUUUUGUUCACAGGUCUGCAUUUGCAGAUCCGAGAGCAGCAUGUUAGAAAGAAGUGAGAUAAAAACGGCGCCUCGUCUUCAAAUUGGUUUCAUUCUUAGUUACACGUUACUUUCUUUGUGAAAGCCCGUUCACACACAGACCACAUUAUCUUGAGUUCAAGUCAAACAUCCACACCCAACUAGUGCUUAUGAUAAAUGCAAAGUCAUUGACAUUAUUAGAAGAUCUAGUUUCCUGUGUUAAAUGUUACUAAAGGCCAAGGGACAGUUCACUAGUACAACAGAAAAGGUAGAAGCCCUCUCCCAAUGUCCCCCCGAAGGCCUUGAGCCCUGAGUUUUCAUUUGUUGUUUGUUACUGUCUGAUUUGACCGUCUUCCAGACUCUUGCCUUACAAGACAAAAAAAGUAUAAAAAGUUAUUAAAAGUCAGUAUCUUAAAGAAAAGUCAUAUUAUAGAAUGUCGAAAAGGAGUUAUAGUAUAGCUGCAGCAUGUCGAAAAAAAGUCAUUAAAAAGUCAUGGUAUAGUAUGUUAAUGAAAGUGAUAGUAUGGUGAAACGCUCAAAGGCUGAUACACAAAUGGGAGACUAGACAAGUGCAACAGUGAUAACACAUUUAUUUGAAGUAUCCCAUUGUCAGCAUGUGUGAACAUGUCUGGAGCAAACGAAACAGAACAGCAGUUGUGUCAGACAAGGAAGAGAGGGUUCAUGUUCAUGUGCUGAGCUUUGAAACCUGGAACAUCAGGCAUCAACAUCCCGAUGAUCAACAUCCUGCAAGACAAAGAGCAGCAGGCAAACAGGACACGGACCCCUGAUGGAAAGGAGGGGCUGUCAAAAUACUAAGCUAAAAAAAGUCAUAACAAUUUCAUUGUUUAAUAAAUUGCAAAAAGUCAUGAAAACUCACUGUAUGGUAUGUUGAAAAAAUGUAUGUUGUAAAAUGUUAUUAAAGUCAUAAAAAGUCAUAUUAUAGAAUGUCGAAAAGGAGGCAUAGCUUAGAAUGUUGAAAGGAGGCAUCGUAUGAUAUGUUGAAAAAAAUCAAUAAAAAAGAAUGUCGAAAAAAGUA